AUGGACAGAGAAUCUGUUUUCCUUGAUGGAAUUAAAGAGAAGGAUCCUUCAAACUUGAAGCCCUUGAAGCCAGCUUUGGAGUACGUGGAAGAUACGUCUCUAAAUGAAGACGACAAACUAGUUGAAAUGGGAUAUAAACCAGUUUUUAAACGGGAGUUUUCAACUUGGGCUACCUUUUCAUUUGCCUUCUCCAUUUCUGGACUAUAUGCUACUAUUAUCACUACCUUUUCUUAUCCUUUGAUUGCCGGCGGUGCCGCUGCUAUUGUUUGGAGCUGGCUCAUUGGCGGUGUCGGUUGCAUGUGUAUUGCUCUUUCUGUUGCAGAACUCGUGUCGGCUUAUCCUACCUCAGGUGGACUUUAUUUUACAUGUAAAAAUUUAGUACCGCCAGCUCAAAUGCCAGUUGUUUCUUGGUUAGUAGGCUGGUUGAACUUGCUGGGCCAAAUUGCUGGUGUUAGCAGUACCGAUUGGUCCUGUGCACAGCUACUGCUUGCUGCCGUAUCUGUUUCCAAAGAUCUGACUUAUCAACCAACUAAUCGUCAUAUUGUCGGUGUGAUGGCAGCCGUCAUUACAUUCCAUGGAUUCAUUAACUCUUUGUCGACACGCUGGCUUGACCGUAUUACUAGAUUUUAUGCUGCUUUUCAUUUAUUAGUCCUUUUUGCUUGUAUGAUCUGUCUAUUGGCUAUGUGCAAGAAUUUUAAUACUGGAACUUACGUGUUCACUAGCGUCGAACCUCUCAGUGGAUGGAAGCCAUCUGGUUUUUCUUUCUUAUUUGGAUUUCUUGGUGUAGCUUGGAGUAUGACUGAUUAUGAUGCUACUGCUCAUAUUGCCGAGGAAAUCGAAAAUGCUGCUGUUCGCGCACCUCAGGCUAUUGCCCUUGCCUUAAGCCUGACUUAUGUUUUGGGGUGGGUUUUUAAUAUUGUUCUUGUCUUUGUUAUGGGAACAAAACUUAACAGUCUUAAUCAGUCGGCACUUGGGCAACCUGUUGCACAAAUAUUUUACGACGUUCUCGGCAAAAAUGGUAGUUUAGCCUUUCUAAUUUUUGCUUUUAUUAUUCUUAAUUUCACUGGUGUAACUUCUAUGCAAGCAAAUGCUCGCACAAUUUUCGCACUUUCAAGAGAUCAAGCUCUUCCUUUUUCUCGUUAUUGGUACAGAAUCAACAAAACGACGACCACACCCGUAAUUGCUGUAUGGCUAAACACUGGAUUCUGCAUUGGUUUAAAUUUAAUUGGUCUUGGUAGUGUCGAAGCCAUUGAGGCUAUUUUCAGUGUAACGUCUAUUGCGUUGGAUUGGAGUUAUGUAAUUCCCAUUGCUUGCAGACUGAUUUUUGGUAGAAGAAUGAACUACAAGCAAGGCCCUUGGAAUUUGGGAUGGUUAUCAAUACCCGUUAAUGUUUUUGCUGUGGCAUGGACUUCAUUUGUAUCCGUUAUUUUCGUUAUGCCUAAUAUACGUCCAGUGACUCCAGAAAACAUGAAUUAUGCUAUAGUUGUACUUGCCGCCGUUUUACUCUUUAGUCUUGUAUACUGGUGGUCUGGCGCUAGAAAGAAUUACAUUGGACCAAGGGUUAAUGUUGAUUUGGAUUCAGAAGAUCCAUUUAAGAUGGAGUAA